AAUAAUACAAGUACGUAUAUAAAACUAGGUAAUACUAGUGAGUAGUAAUAUUUAAUUUGAUAUCGAUAAGUAUGUGACAUAAUUGAUGUCUCAAUUUUUGAUUUGAAGUUUGAUUAUUGAAUUUAUUGUGUUAUUAAAAAUAAAAUAAAAGUGAGAGGUGGGAGGCAUUGAUGAAGUCCAGGUGAAAAAAUGAAGAAAUGAAUAUUUAGAGAUCUGGAAUAUAAUGUGGAUCAGAAGAGUGGAUUUGAGGAUGGAAAGAGGAGGAAAUGUUAUGGUGGUUCUGGCUGUGAUUGUGUUGCUAUUAAGGCGGGUGGAGUCGAUCCGAUUCGAUCUGGAAACAGGGCACUCCAAAUGCAUAGCCGAGGAUAUCAGGAUCAAUUCAAUGACAGUCGGAAAAUAUCAAGUCGUAAACAACAACGAGGGAUUGCCUUUGCCGGAUGCCCAUAAAAUCACUAUUCGGGUUACCUCAGCGUACGGGAACAACUACCACUACGCAGAAAAUAUUGCUUGGGGCCAUUUUGCGUUUCAGGCAGCGGAUGACGGUGAUUACAUGGCUUGCUUCUAUGCCGCUGAGACCAAACCCUCCAGUUUUAUGACUGUAGAGUUUGAUUGGAAGUCCGGUGUCGCUGCCAGCGACUGGAGCCGUGUUGCCAAGAAAGGUUCCCUUCUUGUAAGUGCUCUCACUCUCUCGCUUACCUCUUACUCUCUAUACUUGAUGGAUUUUCAUCUUCAGGCAAUGGAACUUGAGUUGAAGAAUAUGUACAAUACAGUCCAGUUCAUUCAAGACGAGAUAUAUUACCUGCGCGAAAGGUAUAAUUCAGUUCUACAACCAAACUAUGCUCUCCAACAACAUAUCUUGAAUAUUUUCUGUCGCUUCUAG